AUGCCCAGUACCUGGAAUCUGUCCUCUGGAUGUCUCGGGUUCUAUAAGACUAAAAAUCCAGACACGGAUAUAACGGAACAAGCUCUGCCACCGAAUCACGCUAGGAGCUCCACCCGAGACAAGAACUCGAAUACCGACCCCAUCCCAGGAACUGCCCUACGCGCUGCUUCCCUGGCCCCUCCUGAAGAGUAUCAGGAUGACGGAGAAAAGAAGGAAGCCGUUAGAAUCGUGUUCGUUAGCUAUAAGGAACCCCCAUCCCCGGAUGGAGCCAGCUGUGAAGCAGAGCUCGAACGGGAAGAAACCACAUGA